CUGAUACUUGACAAACUGUAUGACUCCAUCAAUAGCAGCCGUCGAAUUUGUAGCCGUCAUUUUGACACAUCUUGUAUUGGGGGAAAAAAGAUUAAAAUCUGGCGCAAUACCCACACUUUUAUUAGAAAUACAGUGUGAUCCGGAAAUAUCGGAAGAAGUUCCUGCACGGCCAGUUAUGCCAGAGGAUGUGCCAGAGCCAGAAGAGAUCGGACAAGACCGAGUAGAAGAUGUGCCAGAGCCAGAAGAGAUCGGACAAGACCGAGUAGAAGAUGUGCCAGAGCCAGAAGAGAUCGGACAAGACCGAGUAGAAGAUGUGCCAGAGCCAGAAGAGAUCGGACAAGACCGAGUAGAAGAUGUUGUACAAGUUGUACAAGUUGCAGAGCAGAUCGCAGAAGAUCGAGAAGAAGUAUUAAUAUGUGUGACACCAGACUAAAUUUCAAAAGUGACAUACAACACUGUGCUCAGGUGUAUAGAAACACUUUCGACAAAUCCGGAAGAGGAUAAAUAUAUUUUUCGUGUAUAUAUAUGUUAUUUUUAUGAUUCUUAUA